AAACCCUAAAUCGCUCUACCUCUUUCUCAUUCAAAAUUCCGACUAGCCCCAGUUACAGAGACGAUGUCGACCUUGGAAAUCGAAGCUCGAGAUGUGAUAAAGAUUGUGCUUCAAUUCUGCAAAGAGAAUUCGCUGCACCAAACGUUUCAGACGUUACAGAGCGAGUGCCAGGUUUCGCUGAACACUGUUGAUAGUGUUGAGACUUUUGUGGCUGAUGUUAAUAGUGGAAGGUGGGAUGCGGUUUUGCCUCAGGUGGCUCAGCUUAAACUGCCCAGGAAUAAGUUGGAGGAUUUGUACGAGCAGAUUGUACUGGAAAUGAUUGAACUUCGAGAAGUGGAGACUGCUCGUUCUAUUUUAAGAAACACUCAGGUAAUGGGUGUAAUGAAACAAGAACAACCAGAAAGAUACUUGCGACUGGAGCAUCUCCAUGCCAGAACUUAUUUCGACCCAAAUGAGGCUUAUCAAGAUUCGACGAAAGAGAAACGGCGUGCACAAAUUGCUCAAGCACUUUCUGCCGAAGUUACUGUGGUGCCACCUUCAAGAUUAAUGGCUCUAAUCGGUCAGGCUCUAAAGUGGCAGCAGCACCAAGGAUUACUGCCUCCAGGAACACAGUUUGACUUAUUUAGGGGAACAGCAGCUAUGAAACAGGAUGUGGAUGACUUGUAUCCAACAACUCUUCAACACACAAUUAAGUUUGGAACCAAAAGUCAUGCAGAAUGUGCUCGGUUCUCACCAGAUGGCCAGUUUCUGGUGUCUACCUCUUUUGAUGGAUUUAUUGAGGUAUGGGAUUACAUAAGUGGGAAACUCAAGAAGGACCUUCAGUACCAGGCUGAUGAAGCUUUCAUGCUCCAUGAUGAUCCAGUCCUGUGUGCUGAUUUUAGCAGAGACUCAGAGAUGCUUGCAUCUGGGGAUCAAUAUGGCAAGAUCAAAGUUUGGCGUAUUAGGACAGGUCAGUGCUUGCGGCGUCUUGAACACGCACAUUCAAAGGGUGUCACCAGUGUUACCUUCUCUCGAGAUGGAAGCCAAAUACUUAGUACUUCAUUUGACAGCACUGCAAGGAUACAUGGCUUGAAAUCUGGGAAGCUGUUGAAAGAAUUCCGCGGUCAUUCAUCUUAUGUUAAUAAUGCAAUCUUUACAAGUGAUGGUGCUCGCGUAAUUACUGCAUCUAGUGAUUGCACAGUCAAGGUCUGGGAUUCAAAGAGUGCCGACUGUCUACAGACAUUUAAACCACCUCCUCCGUUAAGGGGAGGUGAUGCUUCCGUGAAUUCUGUUCAUCUUUUCCCAAAAAGUAAUGAUCACAUUGUUGUAUGCAAUAAGACUUCAUCAAUAUAUAUCAUGACACUUCAAGGACAGGUUGUGAAGAGUUUUUCAUCUGGUAAAAGAGAAGGUGGAGAUUUUCUGGCCGCUUGUGUGUCACCAAAAGGGGAAUGGAUUUACUGUGUUGGUGAAGACAGCAAUCUGUAUUGUUUCAGUUACCAAUCUGGAAAGUUAGAGCAUUUAUUGAAGAUUCAUGAUAAGGAUGUCAUUGGUCUCGCUCAUCAUCCUCACAGGAAUCUUCUUGCUACAUUUGGUGAAGACUGCACAAUGAAGUUAUGGAAGCCUUGAACACCCCUCGUCAAAAUGUAGUUUUGUUAAUGGGUGGAUGUGGAAUGCUGAUUGAUUUUUAUGCCAAACUCACCAAGGACUACAACUGAAUCGAGAUUUUGUACAGCAGCGCUCAACCAAGUGAUACUAGUCUUUUUUCUUUUUGUAUCUUAGACCAUGUAAUAUCAGCUAUUUGAAUCUCAUAUUCAUGUUGUAGUUGUGUGAUGAGCCUCAUGAUGUUUUGAUGUAUUGAUUUGAUUCUUCGAACUUUUUGAUAUCAAAUUGGUAAGUUACAAUUG